GUGAUUUAGUGUGACGUAACUGACUUUAAACGAGUCAAUUAUUAUGCAACACGCCGCUACUGCAGCUCGUCUACUUGAGUGUUUGGUGGUUCAACAUAGUAAGUCAGGAAAUAUUACAAUACCAUUAAUAGAGAAAUAUGUCCAGGUUUGACAGUGAAGCCAUAUGGAGGGAUCUACGUCAGCGGGGAUACUGUGUAAUACCAAAUGUGAUUCCGGCUAAAAAGUGUGAUGAACUUAGUCAAGAGUUAAAAUCUUGGGCUCUGGCUCAAGAUAAUGGGGAACUUUUUAAACACCCAUACUCCCUGACCAAUGUUCCGCGGAUAGGCCAUCUAGAAUCCGCGUGGAAAGCAAGAUUGCUGGCCAAGGAUGCUUUUGCAGCAGUUUGGGGAACAGACAAGUUGGUUUCUAGCUUUGAUAAAUUAUCAAUAUGUCCGCCUCCAGAAAUCAGCACUGGUGAUUUCGACACUGGCUUCUCGUGGCUACAUUUAGACAGAAGCGGAAAUAGACGCGGUCUUCACGCAUUUCAAGGUGGGAUUUACUUAGAGGAAACAACAGAAACUGAUGCUUGUCUGCGAGUUAUGGAAGGUUCCAGCAAAUAUACCGAUGAAUUUUUCUCUACGCAUCCCGAGGCUACAAAACAAACCCGCGACAGGGAACAUUAUAGACUGUCCGAGGAUGAGAUCGCGUGGUAUAUCUCAAAGGGAUGUUUCAAAAAAAUAGUUCCAGCGCCAAAGGGGUCAGUAGUAUUGUGGGAUACACGAACAGUGCACGAUAACGUCAAAGCAAAGAAGGGGAGACCACACGCGGAUAGAUGGCGUUACGUUGUGCUUGCGUGCAUGCUUCCAGCAAUCUGGGCUAGCGAUGCAGAAUUAGAAUUCAGGCGUAAUGCUUUCGAGAAUAUGUCGCUGACAUGCCAUAUGCCAUGUGUAAAAGUUCGAACCCACGUGUUCAGUGAUGACAUUCCAGAAAGUCUUAAAGCCAUUCAGAAGAUGCCCGAUAUUACUAAGACACCGGAAGUUCUAAGGUUGGUUGGUAUUGAAAAAUAUGACUUUAAUGACGGUAAACCGAAUGGUCCUGAGGACAAACCGAAAUGGACUUCAGAUAAUAUUGAAUCUUAAAGGACAAUAUUGGUGCCAGUCGUUAUCACUUAUGUGAUAGAACUGGUUAAACACGUUCGAAAUAUUAUUUUAUCACAGAGAUCAUUACUACGAUAGAUGAAUAAUCAAUGUUUUAACAAUAGGGGGGGGGGUGGCUGAAUGGUUAGCGUGCGCGCGCUGUAUCAUACAGUCUGUCAUUGAGUCGACUGGCGUGGUUUCGAAUCCCCGGUUGUACGUGGCAAGGAGUAGGGUCGCCUGUCCAACCUCGUGGGUUUUCUCCGGGUCCUCCGGUUUCCUCCCACUGCUAAAGACCCCUACGUGCAAGCGAAUUAUGUAAAUAAAAUUAAACCAUAUGUUAGUCCCGAAAUGACCUAGUUUGUGUCGAGUGGACGUUAAACCCCAUUUCUCUCUCUCUCUCUCUUUCAACAAUAGGAAUUGACGAACGCAAAAGGAAAACACGAGUUAUCCUUCUAUAUAA